CUGGCAGGUGCUUAGGUGCAGCCAGUGCAGUGAGAGGAGGGGACAGCAAGUCAGGCUGGCAAUGAAGGGACAUCUCUCCACUUUGGUGCUGUGGCUUCUUCUUCUCGCAGUUCAGGACGUAGCAGGUGUCAAUGAUCUGAGACUGGCGGACGGAGGCAGCCCCUGUGCUGGGAGAGUGGAGGUUAAACACCAGGAUCAGUGGGGGACGGUGUGUAGUGAUGACUGGGACAUGGCAGAUGCGGGAGUUGUUUGUAAGCAGUUGGGAUGUGGAUCUGCUAUCAGUGCCCAUGACGAAGCUCAUUUUGGAGCAGGAUCUGGACCAAUUUGGCUGGAUGACGUUGCCUGUGAUGGUAUCGAGUCUGCUCUCUGGCACUGCAGGAACAAGGGAUGGGGUCAGAGUAACUGCAAUCAUGAAGAGGAUGCUGGAGUGACCUGUUCAGGACACAUUGAGCUCCAUCUUGUUGGAGGGGACAGUGCGUGCUCAGGACGUGUGGAAGUAAGAUAUAAGGACACCUGGGCUACAAUCUGUGAUGCACACUUUGAUCUCAAAGCUGCCAGUGUUAUCUGUAAUGCACUACAGUGUGGAAUUGCUGUAUCUAUCCCAGAAGGAGCUCACUUCAGAAAAGGACAUGGACCAGUCUGGACUGAGGAAUUCCAGUGUGUAGGGAAUGAGUCACACCAUGUGUACUGUCCCAGGGUAUCACUCGAGAGUCAGAUGUGCUCACAUGCAAAUGAUGCCAGUGUCAUAUGCUCACGUUUCCGGCUGGUGAACGGCAGCACAGCAUGCUCAGGGAGGGUGGAAAUCCAGGUUCUUGGUGCCUGGGGAACCCUCUGCGACUCUCGCUGGGAUUUACCAGAUGCCAACGUUCUCUGUCAUCAGCUCGACUGUGGGUUCGCUGUAUCAGCCCCAGGAGAAGCGUAUUUUGGGAAGGGAAAUGGCUCUGUCUGGACAGACACAUUUCACUGUAAAGGGAAUGAGCCUCAUUUACGACAUUGCCCUGUUACUUCCCUGGGGGCUUCUCAGUGCUCACACGACAAUGACGCCAGUGUGGUUUGCUCAGGUCACUCAGAAUCACUCAGACUGCUGAAUGGAGAGAGCCGGUGUGAUGGGAGAGUUGAGAUUUCCCUCCGCGGUACGUGGAGCAGAGUGCUGGAUGAUCAGUGGGACAUGAAUGAUGCCAGCGUGGUGUGCAGGGAACUCCAAUGCGGAGUCGCUGAGAAAGUUUAUAACCCCUCUAAGUCUGAGCGAGGAACAGGCCCUGUGGGGCUGCGAAGUGUCCAGUGUGCAGGAAAUGAGACUUGUCUGACUCUCUGUGACAACUCCACAUCUGAGACAGCCCAAGCAGGAAUUGCUGAGGACGUCGGUGUCGUUUGUUCAGGGAGCAGGCUGAUCAGACUGGUGAAUGGGGCAGGUCGCUGUGCUGGGAGAGUGGAGAUUUAUUACAACGGCAGCUGGGGGACAGUCUGUGAUGAUUCCUGGGACCUACUGGACUCCAAUGUUGUGUGCAGACAACUGGGAUGUGGACAUGCCAUCAAUGCAACUGUCGCUGCUCAUUAUGGGCAAGGAUCUGGGCAGAUCUGGCUGGAUGAUGUGAACUGCUCUGGGAAUGAAUCCGAUCUCUGGGCGUGUCCUUCCAGGAGCUGGGGCCAGCACAACUGCAGACACAAAGAAGAUGCAGGAGUUCUCUGCUCAGAGUUCACAGAUCUGAGACUGGUGAGCGACAGUGACUGUGCUGGGCGGCUGGAGGUUUUUCACAAUGGGACGUGGGGAAGUGUUUGCGCCAAUCAGAUGUCUGGAGUCACGCCAGAAAUUGUCUGCAAACAGCUGAACUGUGGAGAUGGAGGGCAGAUUGCAAGAGACUUUGAAUAUGGAGCAGGUUCUGGUCCCACGUGGCUGGACCAUGUUGCAUGCAGUGAGCAGCACAGCUCCCUCUGGCAGUGCCCGUCAGAGCCCUGGAAUCCAAAGUCAUGUGAUAACCGAGCAGAAGAGACCCAUAUUUCUUGCACUGGAAAAAAAGCAAAACCAACUCAGAACCCAUUCAAGGAGUGCCCGAACUCUAUGAACUGCACAGACCAGGAGAAGUUACGCUUUGUGGGAGGAGAGGACAGAUGCUCGGGCAGAGUGGAAGUUUGGUACCGAGGCUCCUGGGGAACAGUUUGUGAUGACUCCUGGGACAUGGCUGAUGCUAACGUUGUGUGUAAACUACUGGGCUGUGGAUUUGCUAUAUCUGCCCUGGCCAAGGCUGCAUUUGGCGAGGGGACUGGUCCCAUCUGGGUGGAGUUGUUGAACUGCCGAGGGACAGAGUCAUCUCUCUGGGACUGUCCUGCCAAGCCCUGGGGUGAGAGUAACUGUGACCAUAAGGAAGAUGCUGCUGUGAAUUGCUCAGGUCUGACAGAGAGGACAGAUUCUCUGAAUACUCCAGCUCCCCCACGCCGCCCUCCAGCUAACAGUGGGAGAGUCACGGUGCCCGUGAUCAUCUGCAUUAUCCUGGGGGCCCUGCUCUGCCUGGUCUUAAUCAUCCUGGGGGCACAGGUGCAAAGUGCCAGGGCACAGCGCAGAGGCUCCAGAAGACUGUUGGAUCCCUUCUCUGAGGCCGUGUACGAGGAGAUUGAUUAUAAUCUGAUGAGAGAGAAGCAGGAGAUGUUCAGUCGCUCAGUCUCCUAUUCAGAUGACUCAGUGGCAAAGCUGCAGUAUUACACCGGGGACAGCGAGGGGGAAAAUGAUCCUGGAUCAGAACAAGAGGGAGCUUCCCCAGGGGGGUCUCAGCUGGAUUACGAUAACGUGGAGGAGCCUGCCUUGAACGACGUCCCCCAGACUCCAGACUGCCAAGAUGCCCCUACCCUGCCUGGAGAUGUCCUAGGGGAUGGCUAUGAUGAUGCCAGAGAAGUGUCUGACCCUGAAGGUGACCCUCAUUUGGGGCAGAAUAAUGAGAAGGGCACUGGAGCAAAUGACAGGGAUUCACAGACAGGUUGGAGUCGGCACUCGCUAAGGAGUGAAGUUGUCUCUGGGAUGGAGAAGGAAACCCAAUCCCUGCCUCCUGGAGACACAGGUUAUGAUGAUGUGGGACAUGGUGACUUUGGGGGUUCAAUAUCAUAACAAUUUGGUUGGACAAACUAACCCCGUGACGAUGUAAACGCCUCACCUCUUUCUCUCAGAAAUGAUGCCCAGAGAAAGCCUUUGUCUGGUAGAUAGACAAAGCAGGUGUUUUUGUAGGAUUUGUGUGAAUUUGCAGGAAAUACAAGAAUGAGUGGGGAAAGUUUCAUAAGCUUUCUUUGUAUAAUUUCCCAUUGUUUGGAGAGGGUGGAAGUUUCCUGCUUUUUGAUGCCUAUAAUUUCUUCAGCUUGACUUUGUGCCUUUUUCCUAUUAAAUCCUUUCUGAAAGUCUUCCCCUUAGUGGAUGUUUUUCUUGCCAGAUGAAAUGUGCAGU